AGAGAGAGAGAGAGAGGGAGGGAGGGAGAGAGGGAGGGAGAGAGAGAAAUUUGGGGAGUACCUCCAGGACAGAUCGACCCCCCUCCACACCCACACACCCACUGCAAUUCAACUGGAGAUGGAUGUGCCGAGAGGAGGGUCCGCCGCCUCCUGUUAAAGUUAUUGAGUUGAGGGAUCCGCACACAGCGAAGGAACAGCUGGAAACACUCCGCACAGAGAGAGAGAGCCGCUCCGCUGUCCCCCGAGAGACCCGGUGCGGUGUGGAGCCGCGGACCAUGGGCGGGAGGCGGUGUUUGCUGCUGUCUCUGAUCGGGCUGAGUGUCUGCGUGUCCGCCGGACCCGCACAGCCCCAGUCAGCGGGACCCGCACAGCCCACAGCCGGAGAUCCGGAUCCCGCUGAAGAUAAUUGCAGUACGUUGAACCCAGCGUGCCUGAACGAGGAUGAUAGGUUUAGCCUUGAGGCUAUUCGUACGAUUCACAAGCAGAUGGAUGAUGACAAUGAUGGGGAUGUUGACGUAGAGGAAAGUCAUGAGUUUAUUAAAGAAGAUAUGAAAUACAAAGAUCCCACCAGCAAAGGCAACACUUUCCAUAAAGAAGACAAGCACAUUACAGUAAAAGAUCUGUGGAUCCUCUGGAAAAGCUCGGAAGUACACAACUGGACAGUAGACGAAACGGUGAACUGGUUAAUCUACUUCGUAGAGCUGCCACAGUAUGCCAAGAAUUUCCAGGAAAGCAAUAUCCGAGGAGUUGGCUUGCCCAGGAUAGCUGUGAAUGAGAUUUCUUUAAUGAUUUCAAAUCUGAAAAUCACCGAUCGGAGUCACAGACAGAAGCUUCAACUGAAGGCAUUGGAUGCUGUGCUGUUUGGGCCUCCAACACGUCCCCCUCACAACUGGUUGAAGGACUUUAUUCUGACGGUUUCAAUGGUAGUUGGAAUUGGUGGCUGUUGGUUUGCAUACAGGCAAAACAGGAACUCAAAAGAACAUGUUACAAAGAUGAUGAAAGAGCUGGACAGUCUGCACACAGCAGAGGAAAGUCUCAUGGAAUUGCAAGAGAGACUUCAAAAAGCUCAAGAAGAAAACAGAACUGUGGAGGUGGAGAAACAAAACCUAGAACAGAAAAUGAAAACUGAAAUAAAUGAUGCCAAACGAGAGGCACAGCGUCUGAGAGAGUUAAGAGAAGGAUCAGAGACUGAGCUCAGCCGCUUGAAAUAUGCAGAACAGGAGCUUGUGCAGGUUCGUAUGGCACUGAGGAAUGCCGAAAAGGAAUUGGAGAGCCGAAGUGUCUGGGCAUUGCCAGAAACUCUUCAGAAAUGGUUACAACUUACCCAUGAAGUAGAGAUACAGUACUACAAUAUUAAGAAACAGAAUGCAGAGCUACAGCUCAAUGCAGUUAAAGAAGAGGCAGAGAGAAUCAAGAAAAAGCGUAACACCAUAUUUGGAACAUUCCACGUGGCCCACAGUUCCUCCCUGGAUGAGGUUGACCACAAAAUUCUGUCAGCAAAACAAGCAUUAUCCGAAGUGACAGCCGCCUUGCGUGAACGGCUCCAUCGCUGGCAGCACAUCGAGAAAAUUUGCGGCUUUCCUAUAGCACAAAAUGCAGGGAUGCCGAGCCUAACCUCCACUCUGUAUUCUGACCACAGUUGGGUGGUUAUGCCACGUACCUCCGUGCCACCAUAUCCAAUAGCUGGUGGAGUAGAUGACUUGGAUGAAGACACACCGCCAAUCAUUCCACAGUUUCACUCAGCAACUUAUAGUAAAGCUGCUUACAGCUUAGCAAAAAGCAGCAACCAGGGGCGCCUCCGCCGACCCAACGCGAUGUCUUCUGCAGUUUCACUGUCCCAAACGUCCUCGCACUCCUCCACUCCUGACAUCUUUACGAUGAGCAGUUCGUCAACUCUCUUUCGCACCGAGGAAGAGGAGGAGGCCAUAUUCUUCACAGCUGACAAGAACUGGGAGACGCAUGAGGUAGCUUCAGACUGUGAUUCCUCUUUUGGAUCUCUGAGCGGCAAGAAAUUGUCUCCCUUAUCAAACUACGAGGCUCCCCUUGGCCCUCCAGGCAGUGCAUUGAAUGGUUCCGUCGAUAACAUAUCUGUUGCUGAUUCCACCGUGACCUACGAGCGGUCUACUGCAACACCUGAUUCAAUAGGCCCAGCAGAUACCAAAAGCAUGGUUGUGAGCCCCCUGUUGGCCAGCAAGCCCACCCGCAAUGGCAUUGAGAAAUCUUACAGCAUGGGACAGCUGUUGGGCACCCAGGAUCGACGCAUCUCAGAGAAUUCCACACAGAGCGAGAAUAGCACCGUGAGAGAUCAGAAAAAGAGACAAACUGUGUCCCAGGACCUGCAGUAUACUACAGACAAAAUUAAAAAACCCUCCAAAAUAAAAACUCUCUUUAAGAAGAUAGCAAAGCAGCCAAAGCCAAAGAGUGCCAAUGAGGAAGCCUGAUUCAUUGUAACAUCUGUUUACGAGAGCUUCUAGACCUUGUGCAGAGGGCUACAUUUUUCAUUUACUUUUGACUGAGUUACAAUUAUGAAAAGUAUGUUGCACUACUACCUUCUGUUUAGGGAGGGACCUCUAUCAAGAUUAUGUACAAUAAGAUUUAUAAAGAAACCACAGAAGAUUCUGUGUUUCAGUUGUUACAUGUAGAGCUUUGGUAGGAUUUUUAAGGAUCCCGAUUUCUAAUGGUUAAUAAAAGGUGGGGAUUUUUACGAGCAAGGAAGCAACAUUUUUUUCCUGUCAGGAUGAAUUUUGUAAUACUUUACAAAACCCUGCUGUAUAGACUAUAAAUAUGCCUGGCAGAGACUGAGCUUUUCAACCGUGACUUGCCUUUGAACUCUGAAGCCCUGCACUGCAGGCUGCAGCACAUUUCUAGCAGUCUGCAAGUGGACACUAGCUAUUCCCCUAACCUCACCAGGCAGUAGCAGGUGUACGACCUGAUAAGGCGCUGAACUCCAGGUCAAUAUUUCUUACAGAAAAUUGCCAGUGCAAAAUUCUUCACCUGAAUUGCAACAGACUCGGGGGUAUUUUGGGGGUGUUCAGAACUUUAUGAAUGUAUAAAAGAAUAAAAAAAAGCAUUAUGAUAUCAAAA